CUUUUAUUUAGCUUAUUUCCAUAGGUACCUUACUUGUGCACAGAAUACCAAAAAUAUUAUCUAGUAUCAAAACUAUAAUUCCUACUAAGCAAAGUGUGACCAGCCCAAGAUUUUUUGAAUUUCCCGCCAAUAAUUUAGGUAAAAUUUCAGUAGCCAGACUCUAUGCAGAAAGCGACCAAAGUUUUAUUUUUGUCAAAGUGACUUACACCCUAAUUCAGUAGCUUUGGUCGCUUUCUGCAUUGAUAAAAAAAUUGAGUUGGUCGUUUUCUGCAUAACUACGGUCCAUUGUACAUUGCUGCUUUUCUUAGCGCAAUACUACUCUUUGAGUGUUGCCCUACUUUAGUUUGCUUUACAUUGCUACUGACAAGAUUUGCUUGACGCACAUAAUGUGUUUGGAGAAAAUAUAAAUAAAGACUGGCAUUAUAUGUUCGUUUUGUAGUCCAUUGUUGGAGAAAUUAGAAAAAAAAAGUUUGACAUUGACAGAUGGAUGACAAUUACUGUUAGCUUGGGUUGAAAAGUGGAGAAGUAAACAAAUAAAGCGUAAUUCAUUGUUUUUAGUGUUUUAUUGAUUAUAAUCAGUACCUAAUUAGGUAGUUUUAUAAACAUGCUAGCUGGCGUUGUUAACUAAAAGCUAAUUUUACAAGCGAGCACAGUCAUGUAUCACCCUAAUCAACAGUACAUGAAUGGAUACACUUAUCCCCAAUUUUUCGGUAUUCCAACCGAAACUGUGUCAUGUAUGCAACAAAACAGAGCAAGAGCCGCGUCGUCUUCAAGUUCUGACGAUACGUCGGAUCCUCCAGCAGCGAAGGCGAAACGUGAAAAAGCGGUCAAGAAGAAGGCGAGUGGCGAUGGAGAAGGAAAGAAGAAAUUGGACACGUCGGGGUUCUCGAUAGAGGAGCGCAUAGUGGCCGCGGCCUGGGUGCACGAGCGCUACCACACGCGCACCUCCAUGGGACAGAUAAAGCAGCAGUUUGAGCUGCGUUUUGGGCGGCCGGCACCAGCCAAGAACACCCUGGUAGUGUGGGAGCGCAAACUCUUUGCUUCCGGCUCCAUUCAUGAUGCGCCGCGCGCUGGCCGACCUGCCAAGAGGAAGCUGGAACCGAGCGAAGUGUCUGAGUCUCUGGCGACUUCGCCCGCGCUGUCCAUGCGCGCGCGCGCCGCCGAGCUGAACGUGCCGCGCUCCACGCUGCGCGCGCUCAUGCGCCAUCUACCGGGCUCUCCUAAGCCGGCGAAACCAAAGGCGCCACGAAAACGCGCCAAACCCGCUAUACCAGCGCAGCCGCUCUUCUAGCCGUCUCUACAAACAAGAAGUAAACCCUUUGAACGCUUUACGUCGUUAACAAAAACGUUACUCACAAGUUAAUGAGUUAUUUAAAAGUGUGAAGUACUGUGAAAGUUACUGUGACGGUGUACAGAUGUAGUGCAUAAUUAUUUUCCUUCGUAUUUUAGAAACGUACGAACGAGUCUUGUUAUUUCAGUCAGUCUCGGUACAAAAUGUACUGCGGUUGACUGAAGUAGCAUGACAAAUACUAACGUUUCCGAGAAAUAACGAACGAAUAGAACUAUGUACUACAUCUGUCUGUACGCCAUAAAAUUUCUGUCCAUGGUGCUGUGGGCACGACGCACGACUACUUACGACGCCUUGUGUUCUUGACGUUCAAAAGGUUAAAGGUCCGUUUAUAUCUACAGACAUUGAGCGUGCCAGACACGUGCCGUGGCACGCGUGGCAGACGUAAUUAUUAUAUACCUUUGGUUAAAGAUAUUACUAAUAAAAAUAUUUAGAUUAUUUGUCGCUUAGAAUUUAGAUUAUCACUAGCGACCCGCCCCGCCUUCGCACGGGUUACACAAAACAGAAACAAAUUAUACACCUAAACCUUCCUCAGGAAUCACUAUUGAAAGUUGUAAACCGCAUGAAAAUCCGUUCAGCCGUUUUUGAGUUUAUCACGAACAUACAUACACACAAACAUACAGACAGACGUGGCGGGGGACUUUGUUUUAUAAGGUGCAGCUAGUGAUAAAUGUCAUAAUACACUUUAGAAAUAAAAGACAUAAUGUAAAACAAUUAUGUAUAUAAUUAUUGUAAUAUUUAUCUAAAUAAACACAUUAUAUUGCUAUUUUUA